CCUCUGUCAGAUCUAGUCCAGACCAGACGGAGAGUGGACGUGUAGCUUCUGGAGAAGAGGAAGAGGCUCCUAUCGACCAUCAACCCCCCACUCAACAAGUCGAGCUUGUAGCCGCUUUGCGUCUCUCCUCCGAACAGGACCAACACUCUGAAUUUGCAUUAAAUAUGCCUAACAUCAUCUGUUGUCAAACGCCUCAGGUUAUAAUGUACGACAAACAAAGAAUAAGUACUACUCUAUAGCCAACGGGAUCCCGAGGACUUGAUUACAGUCGCUUCAAGCCUGGUAGUUUGUCCGUGCGGCUGCUCCCACUCCCCCUUCUGCUCACCAGUGCAGUCGGCUGGCAUUUCUUCUGACAACUUUCCAUCCCUCUCCUUGGGUGAAGAAGACACGGUUCCACUGUGAUCCUUGUUUGCUUCCCCGAUUUUCAACAUUUGGCUCCUGUUCUACCUUGGAUUGGCAUUAUUCCUUUAGAGGCAAUACAAACUAACCAACAUGACUCCAAACGGCUUUUUGAUCUUUGAGGAUGAGAAUUUCAUGGAUUCCACUGUGGCCAAAAUGAAUGCUCUGAGAAAGAGUGGUCAGUUCUGUGACGUUAGACUGCAGGUGUGUGGCCAUGAGCUGAUGGCUCACCGUGCUGUUCUGGCUUGCUGCAGUCCCUACUUGUUUGAGAUCUUUAACAGUGACGUUGAAGCUCACGGAGUCUCACAUGUCACCUUCGAGGAUUUGAACCCAGAGGCCGUGGAAGUCUUGCUCAACUACGCUUACACUGCCCAACUGAAAGCAGAUAAGGAGCUUGUCAAGGAUGUCUACUCUGCUGCCAAGAGGUUCAAGAUGGAACGAGUCAAACAGAUUUGUGGCGACUACCUGCUGUCUAAAAUGGAUUCUCAGAACGCCAUCUCCUUCCGGAACUUUGCCAGCUCCAUGGGGGAUGGUAGACUUGUGGCCAAGGUGGACGCCUUCAUCCAAGACCAUUUACUGGACGUGUCCGAACAGGACGACUUUCUUAAACUUCCCCGUCUCAAGUUAGAAGUAAUGCUAGAAGACAACCUGACUCUACCCAGCAACGGCAAGCUUUACUCAAAGGUGCUCAACUGGGUGCAGCGCUGCCUGUGGGAGAACGGAGAGCAACUGGAACAACUGAUGGAGGAGGUGCAAACACUCUACUACUCACCUGAUCAUAAGCUGGUGGAUGGAGGGCUGAUGAUUGAAGGGCACAGUGAGGUGUUUGGUGGCGAGGAGGACCACCUUCAGUUUGUGCAGAAGAAACCAGUACGGGAGAGUGCCCAGAGACAACUGAGCUGCAGCUCAUCAGGAAGCCUAUCGCCCUCAAACCAAGCAGCAAAUUCCUCAAAACUAUCUGGUAGAAGAGAUUGGAAGUAUAUUGCCUCUGAGAAGACCACAAAGAACAACUACCUGUGUCUGGCGGUGCUGGACGGAGUGUUGUGUGUGAUCUUUCUGCACGGCCGCAGCAGCCCCCAGACAUCUCCAUCUGCUACCCCCUGCCUGAUGAAAAGUCUCAGCUUUGAGGUUCAGCCUGAGGAAUCAGAAGAGCACCCGCUGUCCCCCAUGCACUAUGCCCGCUCUGGCCUGGGCACCGCCGCUCUGAACGGAAAGCUGAUAGCAGCAGGAGGUUACAACAGAGAAGAGUGUCUGAGGACUGUGGAGUGUUAUGACCCCACGGAGGACCGCUGGACAUUCAUCGCACCAAUGCGGACUCCGAGGGCUCGAUUCCAGAUGGCUGUGCUUAUGGGUCAGCUGUUUGUGGUUGGAGGGUCCAAUGGGCAUUCGGAUGAGCUGAAUUCCGGGGAGACAUACGAUCCGCAUACUGACGAGUGGAUUCAGGUGCCAGAGUUGAGGACCAACCGCUGCAAUGCUGGUGUCUGCGCCUUGAACAACAAACUUUAUGUUGUGGGAGGAUCAGACCCUUGCGGGCAGAAGGGCCUGAAGAACUGUGACGCUUUUGAUCCUGUGAACAAAUCCUGGUCCAACUGUGCCUCCCUUAACAUCAGGAGGCACCAGGCUGCAGUGUGUGAGUUGGAUGGCUUCAUGUAUGCCAUCGGAGGAGCAGAGUCGUGGAACUGCCUGAACACUGUGGAACGCUACAACCCUGACAACAACACCUGGACUCUGGUCGCUCCCAUGAAUGUGGCUCGUAGGGGAGCUGCUGUUGCUGUUCAUGCAGGCAAACUUUUUGUCGUUGGUGGCUUUGACGGCUCCCGCGCUCUCCGCUGUGUGGAGGUGUACGACCCCAGCCGCAACGAGUGGAAAAUGCUGGGCAGCAUGACGUCAUCACGCAGCAAUGCAGGCGUGGCCGUGCUCGACGAGUCCAUCUACGCCGUGGGGGGGUUUGACGGCAACGACUUCCUCAACACGGUGGAGGUGUACAACCUUGAGAUGGACAAGUGGAACGACUGCGCAUCCCCAGAAAUCCCCAUUGCUGAAUAAAGAGGACGGAGUGGAUUAUGGGUUUUAGAGUUUCACAGCGCUUCACAUUUCUUUUUCAAACUAACAGGCUUAGUGACGUAAUCGUGUUUCGUGAUAUGUUUGUAUGAACGGGUAUGAGUGUGUUUGUUUGUGUGUGUAUGUAAGGGGGGGGGUGUUCAGGAGAGGGUCUUCAGUGAAGACUAGCUUCAUCUGGGCAGGUUGGGAAGGGGUCAGGAAUGUGGUGACCCUUAGAAACAUGGCGCCUUGCCCAUUUUUCGUGCUGUAAAUAUAGUUUCUCUUUUUGUCAACUGCCAACAUUUAUAACACAUUUAGUGCAUUUCUUUUUCUCUUGAAGUUAAAGUUAGUCACUCGGAAGAUUUAUCAGAUGAGCUUUCUACUAUUGGCCACCUAAAGAAUUAGUACGGUGUGUUCUGAGAGAUUCUUCUUAAAACAUGGUGUUGUGGAAAUGUAAUUCUGCUCACAGAUUUUAGAGGUCAUCAGUUUUAAGCCUUAUUAGGUGUGUGAGUUAACAAACACCAGUCACAGGUUUUUGUGUCAUUUUAAACAAACUGGAUUGCUUUUUGAAUCUUCAAUGAUGGCCUUUUUUUUAUAUUUUUAUACACUGCUGAUUUACCAGUUAAAACAAUAGUAGUAGUAGCAGAGAGCUUAAGUCAGUGACUCUAACCAGUGCCAGAUCUUUCUUUUUUGUUUGAGCACGCACCAGAUGCGCACGACCAUGCUUCUGCUAUUUAAAGUUUUAAUGCAAAUUUCUUAUUUGAUGUAAGUAGAGAUGCUGUUUACUGAAGACCCUUCCUUUUUUUGUUUUAUAGUGUCAGGCAUUGGCAGAUUCUUCUAGAGCGAGAAACUUCAUAUUUGUAACAUUUCUUAAUUAAUAAAUCAUUGAAACUCC